CCCGGUCCGCGGGCCGGCGGAAGUGGCGCCGUUGCCAGGCGGCCGUUGCUAAGCGCGCGCUGCGUGCCCUGCGUAGGGUGAGCGGCGGUCUAGGCGGGAAGUGCGAGCCGGGACGCCAUGGCGAAAGCGUGGCAGCACCCGUUCCUCAACGUCUUCAGACACUUCAAAGUGGGCGAGUGGAAGCGGUCUACUAAGGAAGGCGACGUGACUCCUGUGACAGAUAAGACUCUCAAGUGCACGGUGUAUCGCAUCCGGGGUUCCGUGUCUGCCGGGAAUUACAUCCAGCUCCCCCAAACCAGCACCCAGUCUUUGGGGCUGACGGGACGGUACCUGUAUGUGCUGUUCCGGCCCCUGCCCUCCAAGCACUUCAUCAUUCAUCUGGACGUAGCCACUGAGGACAGCCAGGUCAUCCGUGUGUCCUUCUCCAGCCUCUUCAGGGAGUUCAAGUCUACGGCCACGUGGCUUCAGUUUCCCUUCAUCUGUGAGGCCGGGACGUCUAGGAAAGACCUGGCUGGCGUUGCCCCCUCUGGUGCCCGCUGGACGUGCCUGCAGCUGGAUCUGCAGGACAUCCUCCUGGUCUACCUGAACCGGCGUUAUGGUCACCUCAAGAGCGUCAGGCUGUGCGCCAGUCUGCUCGUCAAGAGCCUCUACACCAGCGAUUUGUGCUUUGACCCCGCCGUCACCGUUGCCGAGGCCCGGCGGGCAAAGCUGCCUGUCACUCCUGUACCUCGAGAAAUGGCAUUCCCGGUGCCCAAGGGGGACAGCUGGCACGAGCACUACGUCCACAUCCGGUUUCCAAGUGUCGGCUCAAGAGCGUCUUCCGAGCCGGCUCAGAAGAGCCGCUCCCCUCCUGAGGCAGUUUUCCGGGGGCGCGUGCGGGAGCUUGUCCCUCCCCCAGUGGCUUUCAGUAAUCCUUUCCCGGACGGCGUGUCCCCCGCGGUCCAGAUGUUUGGCCCCACAGCCUCUCGCCAGGCCCGGCCUGUGCCCAGGCCCCUUCCAGAGGUCAGCUUGUUCUGUGAGCACUCGGAGGUCGCCAGUAUGAAUGGCCCCCGUGACCGGAGCCAGGAGCCCUCGGCCAGGGCGGAGGUCACUGACAAGCACACAGCCGGCAACGGUGUUCACACGGCUGUCCCGGAGUCAGCCGUGGUGCCGGUGGCCCUGGAGGAUGUGGCCCCGCGCCAGCGUCCUGGCAGAAAGCAGAGCAGGCCAGAGAUGACUUUGGGCGAGACUAUCUUUGAACAAAGAGUAAGGAGGCACCAAAGCUUUCUUCCAGAUCCGAUCCUUAAGCUCAAGGGCGUCAUUGGCUUUGGGGGCCACAGUACCAAAUGGGCCCUGUGGACCAAGGAUGGGGCUGCUGUGGUGUAUCCCUGCCACGCAGUCAUCGUGGUCCUGCACGUGGACACCCGGGAGCAGCGCUUCUUUCUCGGCCAUACUGACAAGCUUCUCCAGCAACGGGGUGCUGCUCUGUGGCGUCGGCAAGGACCCCCAUGGGAGAACGGUAACGGGCCGGGGCUGGGGGGCCGGGGCGAGGACCCCCACGGGCGAGCGGUAACAGGCCGGGGCUGGGGGGCCGGGGCGCAGGUAGAGUCCAGACUGCUUGGGAAGCAGAGCUCCCCGGCCCGGCCUCGCGCUCCGUGCACACCAUGUAGUACGGCGGGUUUUCAGCCCUCCCGGACAGGGGCAGCAUUUAUACGAGGCACGCUGUCCUUGCUGGCCGUGUGUUACACGUCAGCUCUUCGCAAGUCUGCUGCGUCCACGGGGUCUCGUAUGCUACCGCGGGUCUGUCUCUGCUUGUGGGUCGGUGUUCGCCGUUUCCGCAGACGCGCCCGGCUUCGAGUGUCUGUGGAAGCCGCGGGGUACGCGCAUAGGCCGACGUGCCCACACUCCUGGCCGCCGAGGGCCCAGGCGGGCUGGUAUGGGAAGGGAGAGCUGAGGCGUAGGGGAGGCCAGGCGGGGUGGGUGGGCGGGCUUCGGGCCCUCAGCACGGGUUUGUCGCAGGUGGUGCUGGCCUGGGGCACAGAGCAGGUGGGACGAGGCGGCGAGGCCGUCCUUCUGGCAAAGACGCACACCGGCGUUGACAUCCAGGCGUUUAAGGUUGCCUUUUUUGAUGAAACCAGGAUGGCGUCGUGCGGGCAGGGCGGCAUACGGCUCUGGCGGCUGCGAGGCAGGGAGCUGCGUUCCUGCCCCGUGGACUUGGGGGAGCACCGCGUGCUGGAGUUGACCGACCUGGCCUUCGGGCAGGCCCAGGACAGCCAUACGCUCUACGUGUGCGGCCGCAGCGGCCACAUCCUGGAAAUCGACCACCGGCGCAGGGCCGUGCGGCGUGCUCGCCGCCUGUUGCCCACACAGACCCCUGGCGGCCACUCCUCACAGAAGCAGCCAUUUGGCACAGGCCCCGGCAUUUCCAUCAGCAGUCUCAGUGUCUCCCAGACCACGUGCGCCGUGGGCUCCGACGACGGUUACGUGCGCCUCUGGCCCCUGGACUUCUCCUCCGUGCUCCUAGAGGCAGAGCACGAGGGCCCGGUCUCUUGGGUCUGCGUCAGCCCCGACGGUCUGCGUGUGCUGUCCGCCACCCUCUCGGGCCACCUGGGCUUCCUGGACGUCCCCUCCCGAGAAUACAACACGCUGGCUCGCUCCCACACUGCGCCGGUGCUGGCCCUGGCCACCGAGUGCAGCCGAGGGCAGCUGGCCACCGUGUCCCAGGACCACACCGUCCGCGUCUGGGACUUGGCGACCCUGCAGCAGCUGUAUGACCUGAGGUCCCCCGAGGAGACACCGCGCGCCAUCGCCUUCCACCCCACGCAGCCAGUUCUUUUCUGUGGCUUUGCCAGCGGGGCCGUCUGCUCCUUCAGCCUGGAGAACGCUGGCGUUCUGGUACGGCACAGGCGUCACCAAGGAGCGGUCACCGGCCUGGCCGCCAGCCCCGACGGCAGCUUCCUGUUCAGCUCCUGCUCUCGGGGCACCUUGGCCCAGUACCACUGCUCCACCACCCGGUGCCGCGUCCUGCGUGUGACAGCUAACAUGGUGUGCCGGGAUGCCCACCCAACCCCCAAUGCCCUGGUGGUUAGUGGGGACAGCCGCCUGCUGGCUUUCGUGGGCCCCUCCAAGUACGUGGUGACCAUCGUGAGCACAGCCUCCCUAGAAGAGCUGCUGCGAGUUGAUGUCAGUGCCCUAGAGCUGGCCAGCAGCCGCCUGGACUCGGCUGUGGCCAUCUGCUUUGGCCCCGUACCCCCCGGCCACCUGCUAGUGUCCACGUCGUCCCACACAGUGGUGGUGCUGGAUGCCGCGUCGGGCCGCGUGGUCCGGGAGCUAUCAGGCGUCCACUCUGUGGCCUGCCCCUCCCUGGCUCUCAGCAGGGAUGCCCGCUUCCUGCUGACGGCCACUGACCGGGUCAUCAGGGUGUGGGACUACCUGGCCAAGGCCAGCCCCGGCUGCCAGGUCUACAUCGGCCACUCAGAGCCCGUGCGUGCUGUGGCCUUCGCCCCCGGCCAGCGGCAGCUCCUCAGCGUGGCGGAUGCCAUCUUCCUCUGGGACGUUCUGGGUGCCCCCGGGAGGUCACCUUCGGGAAGUGCCGGAGACUCACCUGGGGCACCCCCGACCUGCGAGGCUAGCCCAGGUGCGAGGCAGCCGGAGGACACCGAGGCAGGCACCGGUGGGCUCCCCCGGCAGCAGGUGCCUGUGCCAUCCCAGGCUUCCCCACUCCAGCUGGGCGCCCGUGCUGGGCCCCUCAAGGGUGCUGAUGGUGCUUUCUCCACAUCAGAUGAAGAAGGACCGUCCCAGGAGAGCCACAGCCCCGAGGGGCUCCAUCAGGCCUCAAGCCUGCCCAUGCUGGUGAAAGAGGCCAGCGGGGCUGGAGAUGGGGCCCGGGGGGCUCCCGGGGGCCCCUGGGGCUUCAGCAUGCGUCCCCACCCCUGUGGCUGGGCCAGAGGGGUGAGCACCACAAAAGCCCAGGCCCGUCCCUCUGCUCGCCCAGACUGCUACAGGCACUUCACCGCUCGCUACAAGGCCUCCUCGCUCGUCAAGAGUGCCUCUGUCCCCAGUGCCCGAGUCGAGCGUCUGCUCCUGAAGGCCGUCGUGGGCUACAACGGGAACGGGCGGGCCAAUGUGGUCUGGAAGCCAGAUACAGGCUUCUUCGCCUACACGUGUGGCUGCCUGGUGGUGGUGGAGGACCUGCAUUCUGGCACCCAGCGGCACUGGCUCGGCCACCCUGAGGAGAUCUCCACGCUGGCCCUCAGCCACGAUGCUCAGAUCUUAGCCUCUGCCUCGGGCUGCAGCAGCACAGCCUCCUGCUGCCAGAUCCGCAUCUGGGAUGUGCCUGGGGGCUCCUGCCGGCACCUUCUCUCUUACCACGACACCGCCGUGCAGGCCCUGGCUUUUUCGCCGGACGACGCGCUGCUCGUCACACUGGGGGACUACGGUGACUGCACCCUGGCCCUGUGGAGCGUGGCCACCUGCGAGCUCCUGUCCUCUGCCCGCCUGCCGGAGCCAGCGCACGGCGUGGCCUUCAACCCCAGGGAUGCCAGAGAGCUCGCCUGCGUGGGCCAAGGUGCCAUCACCUCGUGGCUCCUGCAGCAACGCGGGGCUGAAGUCACCCUCCAGGUGCACCGGGAGCCCGUCCCUGAGGAGGUGGGGGCGGGCGAGCUGACCUCGCUCUGCUACGGGGCCGCGCCUCUGCUCUACUGCGGCUCCAACACUGGCCGGGUGUGUGUCUGGGACACACGUGCCGGCCGCUGCUUCCUGGCCUGGGAAGCAGAUGACGGCGAGAUCGGAGUGCUGCUGUGCUCGGGAGCGCGGCUGGUCAGCGGAAGCAACACCAGGCGCCUACGCCUGUGGGCGGUGGGGGCCGUGCCGGAGCUGAGGCGCAAAGGUGCCCGUGCCAGGUCUAGCUCUGUGUUCAUGGAGCACGAACUGACCUUGGAUGGUGCCAUCGUGAGCGCCGUCUUCCACGACAGCAUGGACAUGGGCGUGGUGGGCACCACGGCGGGGACCCUUUGGUAUGUCAGCUGGGCCGAGGGCACCAGCACCCGCCUCAUCAGUGGCCACAGGAGUAAGGUGAACGAGGUGGUUUUCAGUCCCAGUGCGUCCCACUGGGCCACAUGCAGUGAUGACGGCAGUGUGAGGGUGUGGUCCCUGGCCAGCAUGGAGCUCCUGAUCCGGUUCCAGGUGCUGAACCAGAGCUGCCUCUGCCUGGCUUGGAGCCCUCCGUCCUGCGGGCGUCCCGAGGAGCAGCAGGUAGCAGCAGGCUACAGCGAUGGCACGCUGCGUGUCUUCAGCGUCUCCCACAUUGCCAUGGAACUCAAGCUGCGCCCCCACCGGGCUGCGCUGACGGCCAUUGCCUUCUCUGCUGAUGGUCAGACCAUCCUCUCCGGAGAUAAGGAUGGGCUUGUGGCCGUGAGCCGUCCCCGCACAGGGAUGACCUUCCACGUGUUGAGUGACCACCGGGGCGCUCCGAUCUCCGCCAUCCAGAGCACGAACAAAGAGUGUGGAGACCUAGGGGCAGAGGGUGCCGACCUGUGGCUGGCUGCCAGCUCAGACCAGCGGAUCAGCAUCUGGGCCUCCGACUGGCCACGUGGCCACUGUGAGCUCUUGGAUUGGCUGAGUUCCCCCUCGCCCACCCUCACGGAGUUUCCCAGCCGUCCGCCGCCCUGUCUUGUUGCCUUCUGCCCCUGGGAUGGGGCGCUGCUGGCGUGUGCGGGUCUCGGCAUGCACCCAGAGGUGGUCUUCUACAGCCUCCACCAGAAGCAGGCACGUGCGCCCCCUCCCCCCCCCCCCCAUGCGGUGCCCGGAGCCGGGGGGAUCCAAGGCUGGGGAGGGGAGGCUCAUGCUCACUGCCCACAGGUGGUGGAGAGGAUCCCGCUUCCUUUCUUUGCCGUGUCCCUGAGCCUGUCCCCCGGAGCCCACCUCAUGGCCGUUGGCUUUGCUGAGCGCAUGCUGAGGCUGGUGGACUGUGAGUCGGGGGCCGUGCAGGACUUUGCUGGCCAUGACGACUUGGUGCAGCUCUGCAGGUUCGCCCCCUCUGCCCGGCUGCUCUUCUCAGUGGCCCACAGUGAGAUCCUGGUGUGGGAAGUCUCGGGCCACCGGGCCACAGAGGAGUCCCUGGGCUCAGGGUCCUGGCCAGCCUGGCGGAGAAGCUGAGCUGUCCCAGGGCCUCCCGCUGAGCCAAGGUGGUUUCUAGGCCCAUGUCUACACGCCAGCGGACCUGCCGCUGUAAAUCGUCAAGAGUCUGGACUUUACGGAAAGUGCUCUUGGUCUGAGAGCUUUUGUAUGCUUCCGCCCUGUGAAGUUCAAAUAAACGUGGGUGUUGCAUUCUG